AUUUAUCUGAAACACCAUGUAAGUUUCGUUUUUAACGGUGAAUGCGUUAUAUGUUUUGGGCUUUUGAAGGGAUUGCUAUUCCAUGUCUGGGAUGAUUUAUUAUCCAUCGUUGAUCAAAAUCAUUAGCAUUUAAUGUCAGCCAUGGCUCACGACGAAGAGGAGGAGGAGCUGACCGCUGAAGCCCCUAAGGGAGUCGACAUGAUUACAUCAAUCCGUUGCCUGGGUUACCUGUCAAGCCUUAACCUCCUAGUGGCUGUAUGCGUUGGCAUGUACGUCCGCUGGGAGGUGACGAGCGAGCCCAUGAUUCUUGUCAUCUUCAUCCUGGGUCUCUUCGUCCUCGGGAUAGCCAGCAUCCUCCAUUACUACUUUGCAAUGGAGCAAGCCAGUCUAAGCUUGUUUCAUCUGUGGUUUGGCUUCCUGCUGGGUCUGCUGUGCUUCCUCGACAGUCCCGCAUUGGAUUCCAACAUCAAGGAAGUGGUCGCCAACUAUCUCCUCCUGGCCAGCGUGGUCAUGAAAACAGUGUGGGCUGUCACGGAGCGAAUAUGCCGCUCCAUCCGCUACAAAGCCGUCCUGCUGAAGUCGACGGAGUUCCUGGAGUUGCUAGGAUUCGCCAUUGCCAGCACCACUAUGCUUCUCCACAAGUCGGUCGCCAUUGUAGGCCUUGUGGUGGCGCUGGGGGCUCUCAUCGUGGACUUGAGGAUGAAGUCCCUCCUGUCUUUGCCCAACUUGGUCAGCUUCGCCCUGGUGACGUCGCUGGUGUUUUUCAAAGCGUUGGGAAUCACGGCGAACCCUUACGCCUUAGGGUGCUACCUCGGCAGACUGCUGUGUGAGCCUGUGCUGGAUGUGUACUUCAGUGACCUCGGGCCUACUGAGCGCUGGAUGCCGGUGCUCACCUUGAGAAACAUGUGGAGGCGACUGUCCCUGCUGCCUUUGAGUCUGCUUGAGCUGACUUUCAUCAUCUUUGCUGCCUUUAAGCUUGGACACUUGGAGCUCUGGUACCUGGUGAUCCCAGGCUUCUGCCUCUUUGGCAUCUUCUGGACCAUCUGCCACAUCGUUCUUCUCAUAACCAUGUGGGGCUUCCACACCAAGCUGAGCGAGUGUCAGACAGCCUGGCGGGCCCAGCGCUCCAGGAGUCGAAGCCUGGACCAGGUCAUGGCCUCCAGGGGGAUUCGGCACUUCUGCCUCAUUUCGGAGCGGCUGGUGUUCUUCAGUCUGCUCUCCACGGUCAUUCUGGGUGCCGUGUCCUGGCAGCAGUCCAAUGGUCUCUUCCUCAGCGCUCUGCUGGUGGUGCUGCCUUUGGAGUCGUUAGCCCACGGAAUGUUCCACGAGCUGGGCAGCUGCCUUGGGGGCACGUGCGUUGGCUACGCGUUAGUCAUCCCCACAACAUAUUGCAGCGCUGACGGGCAGCCAACUCUGCUGCCCCCGGAGCAGGCCCAACAGCUGAACCUGCGCUCCACGGCAAUGCUGAACAACGUGCAGCGUCUCUUCUCCCACCACAUGAUCCAGACCUUCGGGUGUGACUACUCAGCCAGCGGCGUCACCCUGGAGGCGCUGCACGGCAAGCUGCGCAACUUCCUGGAGCUGAGGACGGCGGACGGGCCUCGUCACGACACCUAUCUGGUCUUCUACAGUGGGCACACGCACAAGGGAAGUGGAUCCUGGGCACUAGCUGGUGGGGAGAGUCUUCAUCUGGCCCAGCUGCUGGACUUGUGGAAGGAGAAAAACGCGGGACACUGCUCGCGUCUCAUCCUGGUGCUCGACACAGAAAACUCCCUCAGCUGGGUAAAAGAGGUACGUAAGGUCGACGGGGUUUACGUGGCCGUGCAAACAGCCGAGCUGUCCGCCGCCGGGCUCGACCCAGAAGCAGGCGAGGCUCCGUUACUCGGGGACUUCACCUCUGAGUGGGUGGAGUUCAACUGCAACCCAGACAGCGACACCCAGUGGUCAGAAAAGGGACGGGACAUAGCGGCGGCGUACGGCGUGUCCAAACGCUGGAGCGACUACACGCUGCAUUUGCCGACAGGCAGCGACGUGGCCAAGCAUUGGAAGACCCACUUUCCCAAGGCGACGUACCCCUUGGUGCAUAUCUCCAACUGGUGCUGCGGCCUUAACUUGUUCUGGACAUGCGGCGCGUGUCUGCGCUGCUUCAGGAGGUGCAAACUAGCUUGGUUCCCACCCGCCGUGUUGGACACCGGGCAGGGAAUUAAGCUGGUGCACUCGUAAGCGUGCUGCAUGAACAUUUGGACAGCAAAUCAAGCACAAGAUUUAUUGACACAUUUGGUUGCUUUAUGUGACGCGGCCUGAUGGGGAUUUCAGGAGGAAACGGGGAAACAAGGAAUACUCCUCGCUGUAUCUUAAAUAAUACUCCUCAUAAUUUUCUUCUAAAUAUUAUUUACUGAUUGUGCCUUAAAUUACCACAAUAAAGUUAUAUCUUCUUUUA